CGUAAACGCAAGUCACUGUGUGGCAAUGUCUGUACGCACAAUGUUCAGCUUGGUAACCCUUGGUCUGUGCCUUGUAGACACUUUCGGUCAAAACGUUGGACACUUGACACUUGAGUAUCAAUUGGAUUCAAUAGAGUAUGAAUGGCCGAGUGACAGCAUUAAACAGGAGUUUAUCAAGAAUGGCAGCUUCGUUCUCGAAAAUAACAUCAUUACCGGGAUCAAGGUGUACAAUGGAAGCGUGUACGUCACAGUUCCCAGAUGGAAGAAAGGUGUUGCAUCAACGCUGAAUGUCAUCAUUGAGAAAGACGGAAAGCCAAUCCUCCGACCCUUCCCCAGCUGGUCGAUGCAGACUAUUGGGGACUGCUCCGCCAUCCAAUACUCCCAGAGCAUGGAGAUCGACCCCUUGACGGGAUGGAUGUGGAUCAUAGACACAGGAAUUGGUGUAAUCGCUGACUCCGCAGAGACGAUCUGCCCUCCUAAACUCAUCAUCUACGACAUCAAUCAUAGACGAAUAGUCCGAACCCAUCUUUUCCCUGAUCAUGUUGCAUCCAGGUCUUCCUUCCUGAAUGACAUCGUCCUCCACAGAUCGGGUGGUAAAGCUGUCCUUGCGUACAUCAGUGAUAGUAGACUGGCACAUAUAGUGACCUACGACUUCCGGUCUGACAAAUCGUUCAGUUUUGCUGACAGCAGCAUGUUAGCAGAAUCUCCACCAUCUUCUGUUGUUCAUAUCGGCAACAAGUCCUACCCACAAACAACCCCGAUAGAUGGUAUUGCCAUGUCGCCAGACUUCAGGUACGUGUAUUACUCUCCUGUAGCAGGUACCAGCUUGUACCGAAUACCUACAACCGUUCUCUCCAAUCCUAAGGCGUUAUUCAAGCAAUCUGUUAAAAAAGUCGGAGUGAAGAAGUCUCAGUCUGAUGGUAUGGCAUUUGGGAAGCAGUUCAUGUAUUACAGUGCUCUUAGUUCAAAUGGCGUGUACCAGUGGGAUUUCAUGAAUGAUGAGAACAUGGCAGCCGGACCGGAUGACAUAACUUUGACCACUCAGGUUCUUGUUGCUCAUGAUGACCAGCGAAUGAAAUGGGUGGACACCUUAGCUUUCGACAAUGAAGGUUCACUCUGGUUCACAGUGAAUGAUCUGGUAAGCUUCAUGGGUCAAACGAUGAACUUCUCGAGACCUAACAUGUUCAUAUGGAAACUGUAUUUGGGCGACAAUGGGUACCUGGGAACCAAGCCAGAGCUUGUGAAAAAAUUGGCGAGAGAACUGAAACAAACCUUCCCAGACCGGAGACAGGAUGGAUGGAAACAUUGUCUGUCCCUGCCUACAUGUACAAUGGUCAGCUUGGUAAUCCUUGGUCUGUGCCUUGUAAACGUUUACAGUCGAAACGUUGGACACUUGUCACUGGUGUAUCAAUGGAAAUCAUUAGACUUUGAAUGGCCCAGCCACAGGGUUAAACAGGAGUUUAUCAAGAAUGGCAGCUUCAUUCCCGAAAGUAACAUCCCCAGCCGGAUCAAGGCGUACCAUGGACGCCUGUACGUCACAGUUCCAAGACUCAAGAAAGGUGUUCCAUCAACGCUGAAUGUCAUCAUUCACAAACACAGGAAGGCAAUCCUCAGACCCUUCCCCAGCUGGUCGAUGCAGACUAUUGGGGACUGUCACGCCAUCCAGUACUCUCAUAGCAUGGAGAUCGACCCCUUGACGGGAUGGAUGUGGAUCAUUGACACAGGAAUUGGACUAAUCGCUGACUUUUCAGAGACGAUCUGCCCUCCUAAACUCAUCAUCUACGACAUCAAUCAUAGACGAAUAGUCCGAACCCAUCUUUUCCCUGAUCAUGUUGCAUCCAGAUCUUCCCUCCUGAACGACAUCGUCCUCCACAGAGUGGGUGGUAAAGCUGUCCUUGCGUACAUCAGUGAUAGUAGACGAGCACAUAUAGUGGCUUACGACUUCCGGUCUGACAAAUCGUUCAGUUUCGCUGACCGCAGUAUGUUAGCAGAAUCUCCACCAUCUUCUGUUGUUCAUAUCGGUAAUAAGUCCUACCCAGAAACAAUCCCAAUAAAUGGUAUUGCCAUGUCGCCAGACUUCAGGUACGUGUAUUACUCUCCUGUAGCAGGUACUAGCUUGUACCGAAUACCUACAACCAUUCUCUCCAAUCCGAAGGGGUUAUUCAGGCAAUCUGUUCGUAAGGUCGGAGUGAAGAAAUCUCAGUCUGAUGGUAUGGCAUUUGGGAAGAAAUUUAUGUAUUACGGUGCUCUUAGUUCAAAUGGUGUGUACCAGUGGGAUUUCAUGAAGGACCAAAACAUGGCGGCUGGACCGGAUGACAUAACUUUGACCACUCAGGUUCUUGUUGCUCAUGAUGACCAGCGGAUGAAAUGGGUGGACUCCUUAGCUUUCGACAACAAAGGUUCACUCUGGUUCACAGCUAAUAAUGCAGGAAGCUUCUUAAUUGAAAAGAUGAACAUCUCCAGAACUAACAUGUUCAUAUGGAAACUGUAUUUGGGCGAAAAUGGGUAUCUGGGAAUCAAAUGAAACUUGGUAUUGUAUACCUGUGGAUGUAGCAGUGCAUACUCAUUGCAAUAAAAGUAGCUUUGACGGA